GGUUACUUGAAUUAUGUUAUGUUCAAACUUCAAAAAGAUGGAUUGAUGUUACGCAAGCUUGUUGAUUAAUUAAUACAUCAUGUUGGGGAACGUUUUGCCACAGUAUAUUCAAGAUUAAAGUUGUUUUCAAAAAAGAUUCCUUAAGGCGAACUGAAAAUUAAGAAGCCGUUGUUUAUCAAGAUGUUGGUAGAACUUGUAUUUCCAGUGGUUGCUGAUGAAUCUGUUGAAAUAUUGGAUGUUAUUCUUCCAGUUGUUGAAUAUUUUGGUGGUAAAGAACCAACUCAAGUUAUUUUUGAUCAUGUUGAAUCUGAAACUACUAUUUUUGGACACGUUAUUGCUGAAUUCACUCAUGCUUUUGGUAACAAAGUUGAAGAUUUUAGACCAGAUAGAAAAACUUUGGGUCCAAUGGAUUUUGCCAUUGUUGAUGGUUGGUGA